UAAAAAGACUUUUUAAAUAAAUGGAAGUUUAAAAUUAUAGAAAAAUACAUUAAACCGCGGGCCAUGAGGCAUUUGAACUACGAGUCCUGUACUUAGAUAAAGUACUUACUUGAAAAUUUUGACAGUGCCAUUAUCUGGCUAUCUGUCACUGUCAUUAGCCGUCACUCGAGGUGAUUGAUCAACGAUUGACUCAAUUUAUUUGAUUGAUUUUUUAUUUUUUUUGUUCAUUUUCUUAGUUUAUCCGUUAGUUAUUUUUUUAAUUCUUUACUUAAAUUUUUCGCCAUGGAUUUUAGUAAUACAGGCGGAUUGCGAAGUCCAUUUUCACCACGAGUUCGACAAUCUAUAACUGGUCGAAGAUCUAUUGGGCUGUCUUCUAAAAAGAAUCAGAGUAAAUUUCUACACUCAUCUGGACAACAGAACGGCGAUGUCAUCUAUAAAACUCCAAUAAGUACAAUAGAGACUUAUGGUUCCCCACUACCUGUAAUGGUCACGGAGACACUCACAUUUGCGAGCGGCGAGGUAAGCGUGCGGCUGUGGGCGGGCGGCUGGUGCUGGUUGGUGGCAGGGCGGCGCGUGCUGUGCUGGCCGCGCGAGCCGCCACCAGACCCCGCCUGGUUCUUGCCCCGCUGCCGCCUGUUGGAGCUCACGCUGCCGCAGACCGACCUAGCCCAUAAGGCUGAUAAAGUUGCCUUGUUCUAUAUAGGAUGGAGCCAGAUGCCAUCGUGUAUUGGUGUAUCGCCAGAAGGCAUUGUUCGAUACUGGCCAUCAGUGGGCCAAGAGGAAGUGUAUGCAGACGUGUCAGCCGAACUAGCCGGGCAGGAGUGCGAGCGACUUGGAGAACACUCCCAGGCAGGCCUGGUUCUUGCCACCACUACAUGCACUGUUGUUUUACUCAAUCCUGCUGUUGUUGAUGGGCGAGCUACUGUGACUUGUCGCACUUUGCGACCGCCGAGUGGAUGGCUGGGCGGCAUCGGUCGACGUGUAUCGUUGCUGUUCUUUGGCUCCAUGCCUGCUCAUGCAGAAACUAAGCUAGUGGGCGUAGUGGUGAUCCCCGACAGCGGCGCGGAGGGCGAGGAGUGCGUGGCGCUGGUGGCGAGCGGCAGCGGCGGCGGCGGCGGUGGCGGCGGCGGCGGCGGCGGCGGUCCGGUGCUGCAGCUGUGGCGCGGCGCCGAGCUGCACGAGCACAGCCUGCGCCGCGCGCUCUGCGACGCGCACCUGCAGCCGCACCACCACCCCCAGCACGCGCAGCACGCAUUACCCGGUGAUUUGAACAGUUUGGAGAUAAUGGCGCUUGACGUUCGAGCGAGCGGUAACAAUGGGUUGUUGUUGCUGAUCGCGGCCGUCAACGUCGCAAGGUCGCCGGAAUUGAGAUACGCUAUAGCGCACGUGUCGGUGGCGGACGCUAGCAGCCCGCGCGUGACUUCGCUGGUGGCGCUGAGGGGAGCGCCCGCCGCGCCCGACGCGCCGCCGCGCUUCCUGCCGCUCGGGCCGCGCGCGCUGCUCUACACGCACGCCUCCGUCGCGCUCGUCUCCAGCACUGUGUCAAACGAUAAGCCAGACAUUAUCGACGUGAGCAGUGAGGGGGACCGUAUACUCGGGGCCGAGUUAUGUAAUGGAGUUCCGUUGCUGUUCAGCAAGAAGCACGGUGUACUCGUACUCACUACUACUGACAGCUUAGCGCCGCAGCAAGGAUUGUGUGACUCCCCUUUGGGUUCACCGUGCCCUUCUGACAUGUACGACAGCAAUUUAUCACUAUAUGAAAUCGAUCCACACGAGGUUAGUAUGGUCACGACGGACGCAUGCGGCAAGUUGAAGACGGCAUUCUUGUUCCACCUACGACGCGACACGGCCGCGUGCCGCGCGAUCAUUGACGAACUGUUCCCCGCGCCGCCCGCUCCCGCGCCGCCCGCCGCCGGCAGCGCGCCCUCGUCCCCCUCGCGCCGCGCACCCUCCGCCACCACCACCGUCGCUACAGACGAGGAACAGGACGAGCGCGACGUCGACGCGGUGCUGGACCGGACGGUGCUGAAGAUCGCCACCGAGAUGCUGGACGACAUACCGGCCGGGGAUCCCAGAUGGAAGCAGCGCGUGAGCGGGCAGGCGACCAACAUCGCGCUGGGCAGCUCGGCGGCGCUGCAGGUGGCGGCGCAGCUGCGCGACAAGCAGCGCGCCCUGGCGCUGUUCGUAGACUUCUUGCGCGCCACCGGCCUCGCGCGCCGCCUCGGCCUCGUUACCGCACAAGGGGAUGUGGGUGGCGGUGACGGUGUUGUAAGCACGUGGUCUGCGCUGGGUAACCUGGCCGAACAGCUGGCGGCCGCGAUAGCGCUGCGGCGGCUGCAGCAGGCCUCGUACGGCGACCUCAUCGACGCCGCCAUAUAUCAGGUGGUGUGCGGGUCGGGCGGCGCGGGCGCGGGCGCGGAGGCGGAGGCGGAGGAGGAGGCGAGCGUGGCGGCGGCGCUGGCGAGCGGCGCGCUGUCGGCGGCGGACGUGUGCUACCGGCGCGCGGCGGCCGCGGGCCGCGUGCUGCGGGCGCUGGCGCGCGCGCCGCCGCCGCCCGACGCCGCCGCCGCCGCGCUGCACGCGCGCGACACGCUCGCCGUGCUCACCAGUGUGCUGUCGGAGAUGCACCGCUGCCGCGCGCAGUGGCAGGCGCAGCCUCCCGCCCCCGCCCCCGCCACGCCCUCCGCGUCCGCCCUCGGCCCGCGAGCCUUGCUGCCGGCGCUUGUAGAGUUCCACUGUCGCGCUCUCACCGAGUGCGCGCGCAGCUGCCCGGACGCGGCGGUGCGCGCGCAGGUGUGGGAGGCGGCGGCCGCGCUGGCCGACUGCGUGCUGGCCGACGUGCCGCCCGCCGCGCCGCACUACCGCCGCGUGCGCGCCCGCCUCAUACGACCCUUCGUUGAGGAAGGUCAAACGGAACGCGCGGCGGCUCUCGCGGAGAAGUUCAAAGACUUCGAGAUGCUCAUAGAGAUGUGCUACAAAGCCAAUGAUAUGGAGCGUCUCUACACGUAUAUAGACAAGUACAUCAAUGAGGGCAUGGCGGAGACCGCGUUCGCGUGGCUGUGGUCGCGCGGCGGGCGCGCGCGCGCGCUGCUGGUGCGGGCGCUGGGCGCGCGGCAGGGCGCGCGGCUGCGCGGCUGGCUGCGCGCCGCGCCCGGCCGCGCGCCCGCCGCCGCGCUGCUGGCGCUGCACGCGCGCCGCCACGCCGCCGCCGCCGCCGCGCUCGCCGCCCUCGCCGCCGACCGCCGCUCGCGCGCGCGCGCCGCCACGAUAGCGUCGCUGGCGAAGUUAUGCGCGGUGGCUUCGGAGGACGACUGGACAAAAAGCAGCGCCUUCGCCGAGGCCGAGUGGCAGCUGGCGCUCGCCGACCACGUGGCGGCGCUGCCCAGCGAGCUGCGGCUGCGGCACGGGCUCGGCGGCGACGACUCCGACGACGGACCCAUGCCGCUGCCGGAGGAGCUGGUGCAGAUUUACAUAGAAUCGGACAGCAAGACGCUAACAGAAUACGACUAUAAGAAAGCUCUAGACCUCACCGACUACGUGCAAGACAUGGAGCGGAGAGAUGACCUUCGGCUUAGGGUGUGGUGCGCGAGCAUCCGGCGGGACGCAUGGGCGGCGGGCGGCGCGGCGCAGGAGGUGCUGCGCGAGAAGGUGUUCUUCCGGCUCGUCGACCUCGUGCACCUCAUGGGCGGCGACGUGGAGGUGCUGCUGCCGCCGGCAGAGGACGUCCUGACGGCGCCGGAGCUGGCCGAGCUGGCAUCCGACCCGCAGUUCCACUACCUCAUCAAGUACGGCUACCAGUGCAUCCACACCAGCCGCACCGCCACCGACCAGCCGCUCACCGUCGACGCAUAAACCGCCUGAUAACGGUCAAAGAUCGACGUGUGGUCCCGCCAUAGAUUAAUUCUCUUAACGUCUCUUACGAUACCCACGGCAAGGAAGUGGUGGCCCAUUCAAUUCCGGGACCAUAUGGCUGACUCCAUUCUCUCUAAUCUCAUAAUAUGACUGCGCGUAUCUGUAAACUUCUCUCAAGUCUUAGGAUGGGUAUUACAUAAGAGGUCUGGGGUAAGCUAUCAAACUUUACUAUAUGGUUAUUGAAUCUCGUGAAAUACACAAACAUUCUUGUACAGGAUUUUUUCAUAAACUCCUUCUCAGAAAUAUAUAUUUAAUAAAGGUCCAAGGGUGCAUGACUUCUUUCAAGUGGGUAUUAAUAAAUUUGCUGAUACAUCUCUGUAUUUAUAUUACUAAAUAGCCAAAAAUAAACUUGCUUCUUAACUGUGAAAGUCUUACUCCGCGGUUAUCACAGACUGUUCUAAUUAUGAUUACAAAAUUAAAGCGUUACAUAUUGUUUAGCAAUUGAAUAUAUGUAUUUGUUCAGCAUUUAUAAUAUGAUUUUAAAAUUUGAUAAUAUUUAUGUAUUCAAGAAUUAUUUGUUGUCGUAUGAAGAGUUAAAAAAACAGAUUUACAGUAAAUACUUUAUUUUAAUAUUUAAUUAACUUUUUAAAAUGUUUGUUGGAUGAAAUCUCUUAGAGAUAAACUCGCUUUUGUACAUUACGUUUAAAAUCAAUUGUUCUUACGUUUGUGUACAACAAAGAAUAUGAGUUCUAAUGUGUUAAACAAACCGGCGCCUGCGACUUCAUUCUCGUCAAAUAUCUAAUAAUGUCUCCCAGUGUGCUGUUCUGUUACAAAAAGUUUAAAUACAAUCAACGUGUAAAGUGUGGGGGAGGGAUAGUUAAUUAUGCGGACUACCAGUCCCAUUACUAGCAAUAUGGGUAUAUCAAGUCGACCUCCACGUGGUCCCCACUGGAAGUCGUCAUGCUGAAUUCCAAUAUUCAUCGCGAUGGGCUAACUGACCUAUAUUUUCGUCGUCACUUAUUGAAGGGGAGGCGAAGCGGGGAUUUUUGCAGUGACUCGAGCGUGUCAGAUAAUUAUAUGGAGAAAAUCCUUGUACUCUUUAAUAUAUACCUCUAUAUCAUACCUACUUGUACAACAAUUAGUCCAUUACCUUAAGGUUGUCUUGAAAAGAUUGCUCUCAGCAAUAAGGCCGCCUUACUGUACUUAUACAACUGUAUCGUUGUGUUUGUAAAUUGUCUCGCUUAUUUUCUAUAUUGUAUAAUGCAAAUAAAGUAUACUCAUUCAUUCAUUCAUUCAUAUACUUUUAAUAAACUUUUUUCGUUUUAAAACAUAAACUUUUGAAUUUAAUAAGUUUCCAUGACGCUCGGGCAACUGCAAAUUUAGUAUAGAGAAUGAAAGACAGGUCAAUUAGCCCAUCGUGAUGAAUACACUUGGAAUUCAGCACGAUGGUUUCCAUGGGGACCACGGGGAGGUCGGCCUGCUAGGGUAUAUUGUUAGCAAUAGGAAUGAUAAUGCGCAUUACUAACAAUCCCUUCCCCCCUAUUUGACUGCUUUGGACUGUUGUGCUAUACCUUAUUUUCAUUAUUUGUUCCUCACUUUAGACUUAGUCUGUUUAGAAUAAAUAUAUUAAGCUAUAUAGGCUAAGUAAUAUAUAGGUAGACAUGAUAAUGCCACUAAAACUGGGUUAUCAAAACGCGGCACGGAUGGCCCUUUCUUACAGCUUGGCAUAUAUAUUUAUUUAUUGAUUAAAAAUAAUUACAACAUCAAUGUUAUAGACCUAGUGUGCUAACAUACAAAAUUAAAAUAAAUAUAUUUAACCCGACUCGAAAUAUGUCUGAGCCACUUCUAAUAUCUUUGGCAGGCUACUACCAAAAAUAUCAAUGGUGUUUAUAAUAUUUAAUAACCGUACUGCGAACAAACUACCCUGACAUCAGAGUAGCAGCCUAGUAUAACGUUUACCCUUAGAUUAUAUAAAUACAGUGUCUCCAUACAAAUGCUUCGACAAAAAUGGCUCAACUUUUUCAUACAACUUUGCGUGAUAAAUAGUUAUGAGUGAUUCCUUUAUAACUUCUAUAUUUAUUUUGUCUUAUAAAUUCUGCAUAUUUUUAACUGCGUAAACACUCAUUUUAUUUAUUAAAUAAUACGUUAAGGUACAUUUUAUGCGUAAAUAUGUAGAAUACUGAUAAAAAAACGAGUCAAGUUAAAAAGUUGACUCGUUUUUGUGGCUAGAUGGCUCUGUCUAUAUAAUCUAAGCGUGUAACCAUACCACCUGAUGGGCUAACUACAUUAAUAUUGAUAUUGAGAUAAACUGAAAAUGUAAUGUAAUAACAUUUUUUUUAUGCAACUUAGAAUGGCAAACAAGCUGACGGCCCACCUGAUGGAAAGCGGUAACCGUCGCCUAUAGACAUGAGCAGUAUUAUGGACAUAACAGAGUAUACUGUUUCGCCCAUGAUAUUCCCCAUGCGUUGCCAUUCCUGAGGACUCAGAUGUUAUUCCUCUGUACCCAGUAAAUUUACUGUCAUAAGAUUACUUCAGGGUAGGGGGUAGGAAAUGUGUACGUGAAACACCUCUACUCCUGCAGCUUACAAUGACCGUUAAUCAUCAGACUGGCUGUAUGCUUGUUAGCCACCUUUGCAGUAUACAAUAAAGUCAUCGCUAUGUUUCAAAGAUGCCUCCCGUGUCCGCAAAUAAAAACUCACCAUUCGAUAUAUUCAGUCAGACUGAUUUAGAUUUAAGCUAGAUAAGUUAUUUUUAGACUUAAUAUAAUUAAGUAUAAGUUGGCAGUGUUGAA